AUGGCUUCCGAGCUUGCUCCCGCUCCUCAAAUCGACGGCGAGGCGAUGCUCGAAAUAUUCGUUCAUCGCUCAAUCAAAUUCACUGGCAUGCCGCUGAACCCAGACUCUCCUUACGGUGACGGGAGGAGGCUUGCAUCCAUCGGAGGGAAAGCGUUGGAAGCAGCUUAUACGCUAAUAUUCUUCAACAAGCGGCCGAUGUUGACGGCGGAAGCUCUCGAGUUGGAAAUAAGCAAACUCCCUGAGCAGGUGGAAAAAUGGGUGGAAGGGUAUAAGUGGCGGGAAAAGGUGCGGCAUUCGCCAGAUACCAACAUCAGGACCCCCGAAGAGACUCGCUAUCUCAUGGACGCGUACGUUGGAGCAGUCCUUGUUGGAGAAGGUUUCCAGGCUGUCCUCAACUGGAUAACUGCCCUUGUUGAUCCCAGCGCGGCGCAGCCGGCUCAACAAGGGCAGUAUUCAGAGCCGCCGUCUAAGAGAUUGAGACCCGACCAGCAGAUGCCGUUUCCUCAAGCACCUCUUCCGAACGCUCACGCUCCGUACCCACCGUAUUCUCCACCUCCCCAUAUGCACAUGCCCCCUCCGCAACCCCACAUGCCGGCUCCCCCCCUUCCGCCAAAUCCUCUUGCACCUGCUGCUCCCCAAUCUGCAUUUCUUCCUCUCUUCAACCAGACCGCUCAACAACGUCGGCUGGAAGUUCAAUACCCCGCGCAGUUUACGGGCCCUGCGCAUGCUGGGCGGUGGACUGUUCAAUGUCUCGUCAACGGGAUUGAGAAGGGUAUCGGUACUGGGCCUAGUAAGCAGCUUGCGAAGGAGGAAGCAGCUCGCCAGGCGUACUACGCAAUGGGAUGGGCACCUCGUGAGUAA